GGUUGUAGUCUAAUUCACUGAUUUUUUCUAUUAUUCUUCUACUGUCUUGAAACUUAAUUUGUGGAACUACUGAACUAUGGGAACAAAUACUGAAAUAGUCACUCGACCUGGACUGGUAACCGGAUGAGAGACCGUGGUUCACCAUAUGAUCAAGCCGUCUUAUCGGCUUUCCUCUCCCAUGGGAUAAAUAUGUGAAUUCUAUCCUAAGUGCAGUUUCGAGUAUUUCAUAUUUUGUUGCGUCUAGCCUACAGCUACCGCAAAACCAUGGCGGGAUUUCCAAACCAUGGUCGUUAUAGCCGAACCUAUGGCGACCGACUUUUCAGCUGUUACAAACCAAUGGCGAGCUGCCGUUACCCCGGAAGCAAAUUGAAAACCAAAGGUGGAUGAAAUUUUGCUGCCGUAAUCACAGCAUGUCGGUUGUAAUGGUAGGGCUUCCCCCAAUGGUGAUAAAUAUUGGAUUGACUUUGAUCUCCAUGUAGAAGAGCCGGCAUUGAUGGACAGUGGCUUUACCUUGGUUUUUGAUGACCCUAAGAUGUGCCCUGGUGAUUCGUCUUUUCAUUGGGAGACUCCAAUAAUAUUAAAUAGGCCGGAAAGUUGUGAAACAAGAAAUUCAAAACCACUUUUAAUGUUUGAUCCAGAUCAUGUGACUCUCAGGAAAACUAAACCUGAAAUUGCCAAUGGGCUCACAAGUUUUGUUAUUGAAGAAAGUGUGCCAUUGCUGUUGGCAAGUGAAGGUUCCACUGAAUUUGAAUGGAAUUUACCAGAGAUUUUGAAAGAAUCUGAAGGAAUACUGAAGCAGAAUGUUCCUCUAUUACAAAAUGAAUCUGGGACCGAACUAAUAAAAAAUGAACCUGAAAUUGCUGGUGGACUAUCAGCUUCAAGUUUGGAGAAAAAUGAACCUCUGAUUAAGAAUCCGCCAGGUGUACUUAUACAAAGCACACCACAAAUGACAGAAAAUUUUGACAAAUCUGAUUUAAUACAAAAUGAGCCGUUGUUUAAUGCUGGCACUUCUGACCUCAAACAACGCAUCCCUUUUCUUAAUAUAGGAAAGAGUCUUUUAACAUGGAGGCUGCCAUUGCUUAGAGCAGGAAUCACAAAAUUAAAGCAUCGUAUUCCCAUACUCUUAGAAGGAAUUACAAUGUUGGUGCAUAAUUUACCACAGGCUGCUGAUAGUCCCAGUACAUUAGUUCAUGAAAUCCCUGAAUUCAGUGAAAAUCGUGUACAUGAAUUGCACCAUAAUAUUCCUGAAAUUCAGUAUGGCGAAGUAACAUUCACCCACAACACACCUGUUCUUGAAAAUGCAGAAGAAGAAUGAUUUGCAAUAGAUCAUCUUACCUCAUUGUAUUUUCUCAUUUUUAAAAAUAAUUUGUUUUAAACCUGACCCAAGCUUUAUUACUUACCCACAUGUAAUAACAUGCAGACAUGUUUUAAUAUUGAUAAACUAUUCAUUUGUGCUAUUCUCAUCUUUUAACAGAGUUUAUUUAUAAUUUACCAAUUAUUUUUAUGUAUUAUUUGGAAUUUGUUUGAGAUAAUCAUCACACUAGAACAAAUUUAUAACUGUAUUCAAUACUGUUUUUAAAAUUUUGGUCUGUCUUUAUUUUGUUUAUAAAUAUUUAAUUUUUAAAUAACUUUAGUUAUGCUAAAUGCACUUAGAUUUAACAAUUGUCAAAUUUCCUGCCCAUGCUUGAGUAGGGCCGGAAACUCACACCUGAAGAUGGCUGGAAAUUUUUUGUUUGAGUAAUUUUCAAUUCAGUUACCCCCAUUAUAUUAUUGGACUUUAUUCAUCAUGUAAUUUAAGAAGAUCAACCAUAUCAUGAUUUUUCUGUAUAAUUAUUUAAUAUAGAAUUUGAAGUGACUUGUAUUGUAGUAAUCUGAAAUUCUACAACCACUGAAUGACCAUAUUUAGAUUUUAACAAAUCUUAACAUACCAGACUAAUAUCACAUUUUUAAAUUGUAAUAUGCAAAUGAUCACUUGGCAUCAUGUUUUCUGAUGUGAUGUUUCGUUGCAUCUGUAAAAGUUUACCUUAGGUACCACUUUGUGUAUGUAUCUCGAACAGCUUACAUAACUUGUUAAUUCAGUAAAACAACGUUAUUAUUUACCUAACUAGUUCGAGUCUGCCAUCCCAAAUGCGUAGAAAUUGUUGGACCUGUGGUUAACAGUUUCAGAUAGAUAUUAUUACCUUGCAUUGUAUUUACACCAUGUUCCUUAAGUUAAAUUCAUCACAAUUUAUCAUACAAAAAAAAUUAACUUAUCAGUCAAUGCUGCCAUUCCCUGACUUUAACUUUCUGUGAUCACCCAAUAUUUUUCAAGUGCAAAUAUAAUAGCCUUAGUUGGACACAAACAAUCCUUCUGUUAAUAGUGAUGUAAUAGGGUUCGAAGAAGAGAAACAUUCAAAAUAUUUAAACAAGAUUUUCAACUUUGAUUUGAAUGGAGAAAUUUAUAAAUAAACAGUGCCUUAAUUAUCUUCCAUUAUUAUAAGCUUGGUGCUUUUGAUACUUUGUUACAAACCUGUAAAAUCUUACAAUAAUUUGUUUUAAUUAAUUUUCAAGACUGACACUUGUUUGAUCCCCUGACAAAGUUCUGUAUCAAUCAGUAAAAUUAUGUGUUCCAAGUAUCUUGUUUUUGAAUAGUUAAAGAGCACGAUUUCUCUAGUUUUAUUUUGUUUUUAGCAACAAAUUUUGUUCCUUUUAUGAUUUCACUGCUGUAAUGUGUCUUAUAUUAAUCAGAAUGGUACAGAAUGUUUGUAAUUACUGCAAUAAGUCUAUAAUGUUACUUUAGUUUUUAAUGUUUUGUUGUUCAUUUUGAUUGUGAAAUAAAUUGAUGAUUCACUCCAACCCUGUACAAGAGGAAAGAUUGGUUGGUAAAUCAAUAAACGAACUGCUCAAAUUUCAUGUCAACUGUCGCAUUAUUCAAAUUAGAUUAUUGUUAAAAUAAUGGAUGUUUCUCAGGUCCUUGACCCAAGAAAAUUUUUAUCUAUAUGUUACCAUUGCAAAAUAUUUGAUGACAAUUUAAAGUGUAUUCCUGGGUUGGUGCUUGCAUACUGGAUAUAUGUUUCAAAUGGGUUGGUCAAUUUCCCAGAAAUAAGCAGAGAAAUUGAACAUCCAUUGUUAACAAGUAAUAAUACUCUGUUUGGGUAGUUAUUUUAGCAAAACGCCAAUCCUGUAAUACUAAUUCCAUGCUUUUUGUUACCUUCGAUAUAUUACCUUUGUCAUUCGCUUUAUCUUGUGUAACACCACUGCACUGAUUGGCUAAUAUAUGCAACUCAAACUCUUAGAUCUAUCUUUAUGAAUAAUCACCUGCAUUGCUGUGUAACAAAAAAAAUUCAGGGAGAAAACUAUGUUAUAAAUUUUAUAUACGGGAGUAAAGGUUGUCAUAGUUAAUCUCACUACUUUUAAUUCUUGUGUAUAUGGAUAAGAUGAUAUAUAGUUUGUUGUUAAGGCAUGAAUAUAGCAUUAUU